UCUUCCAGCAUGGUGUCCUCUUCCCCUCCGAGUGGACGCUCUAUCCCCCAGCAGGAGCUCUCGUCUCUGGGCCUCGAUCCGGCCGACUUCAGCCUGUACAGCCCUCCGGCUCCUCCAGAGUCCAGCCUGUCUGGGUCCCCCUGGAUCUCCCAGACCAGCAACAACGGUGACCCCUACGUCUGCUUCUCCAGUCCAGACCUGGGCCCCGUCACAGGCCUCCCACCAGGACUCCCAUCAGGACUCCCAUCAGCCUUUGGAGGCCUCCUCCAAUACCUGUACGGCCUCCAGAGGCCUCUCCUCCCCUGGUUCUCCGUGUCCACCCCGGAGGAGGUUCUUCGUCUGGUCCGCCCGCCGUACUCUUACUCCGCCCUCAUCGCCAUGGCCAUACAGAGCGCCCCCGAGCGGCGGCUGACCCUGAACCAGAUCUACCGGUACGUCGCCGACAACUUCCCCUUCUACGGCUGCAACAAGGCCGGCUGGCAGAACUCCAUCCGCCACAACCUGUCGCUCAAUGACUGCUUCCGGAAGGUUUCCCGUCACGAGAACGACCCAGGAAAAGGAAACUACUGGACUCUGGACACAAACUGUGAGAAGAUGUUGGACAACGGAAACUUUCGCCGUAAAAGGAAGAGGAAGGCCGAUAACGUGACUGCUGGAAAGAAGCCUCCAUCCUCCUCCUCUUCCUCCUUUUCCUCCGACUCCUCGUCAGAGCCCAGCCCUCAACUUCCCAGCAUGCACUACGACGGCAGCAGCACUGAGUUCCCUGCUCUCUCAGACACUCCCCUCAGCAGCUUCCCGUGUCACCUCCAGGACUCCCUCCUCCUCCCUCCUCCUCCUCACUCCAGCUCCUACAUGCAUGUACCGGACCAUGCCUCCUCCUCCCCUCCUCCUUCUCAGGGAUACUCUUACUCACCAAGCGCCGUGGUGCCGCAGUGGGACACCUGCAUCUCCUCUCCUCCCCUCGCCGGCUCGCCGGCCCUCUACUCCGCUCCUCAGGCCGGCUCGCCGGCCCUCUACUCCGCCCCCCAGGCCGGCUCGCCGGCCCUCUACUCCGCCCCCCAGGCCGCCUCUACGCCGCUCUACGUCGACCUGCAGACGUCGUCGUGCAGAAGGCUCCAGGCUGCCCAGUGUGGGCCUCUGUUCUCUGGGGGCUUCUGUGACACUCUGCCCCUCGACUCUUUGGUUCUCCUGCAGUGA